ACCUCUCCGGGGCCACACAGACAAGAAGACAUGGAUGCCGCGAAGGACGACGUAACUGUGUGUAAACACUGUAAGAAAGAGGUGGCUGUGUCAAACUUUGAACUUCACGAACCGCAUUGCCAGCGUUUUCUGUGUCUGUGCCCUGAUUGUGGGGAGUCAGUCCCACGAGAUCAACUGGACCAGCAUCGCGAAGACGAGCACACCCAGGUACAAUGCGUCAGGUGCAGGAAGAAAAUGGAGCGGCGCGACCUGCCAGACCACGAGACGGACGAGUGUUCCGAGAGGCUGAAAUGCUGUGAAUUCUGUGAGCUGGAACUUCCACUGAGCAGCCUAAUGGAGCACAGCAUAGUCUGCGGGAGCCGCACCGAGCGAUGCGCCGACUGCGGCCGAUAUGUUACCCUCAAAGAUCAGUCACGACAUGCUGAGAUCUGCUCCUUCCAAAUCCAGACGCAGGACAUCUCUGAUCUUGAUUAUGAUCAGAGGGACGACAGCCAAGGCGACAUGCAGAAGAAGCCCCCCGUGCAGUGUGACAAAUGCUUUAAAAUGGUAUUCUCAGAUUCUAUGGAGGAACAUGAGCGAGUUUGUGAUCCCUCCUCACAAGAAGAAGAAGACCUGUAUUCUGACAUCCGGCAAGACCCCAACAAACCUGAUCAAAUUAGGACUCAGCGCUCUGAUUUCUCCAUGUCUGACCGACGGAAGGUGAAGGAGUCUGGGUGGUUGGUUGGGAAAGGAGGAGACGGGGGGGAUGAGAUCAGCACGUGUCCAUACUGUCACUUGGCUCUCCCCAUAAAGACUCUCCAAUGGCAUGAGGUAUCUCUGAAUGGACCUACCUGA